AUGUCGACUACAGCCCCGUCUCUUAUGUUUGUUGGAAUCAAACAGGUAGCCCACUUUUGUUACACCAUUGUCGUCUCUUAACUUUGGAGUUACAUUUAUUAAAAUUUCAUCUCCCUGUUGUGCAGACGUAUUUUAAGCAUAUAUUAUUAUUAUUAUCAUUUUUUGAAUAUUCUCCCUUUCUCAGGACGAAGUGGCUGUCAAAGAGACACUCACGCCGAGACACCACAAGGUAAUAUUACUAGUAUUUGUUGUGUCUAUAUUGUCUUUAGGUUAACGAGUCAGUUCGACCGAAUCGACUUGUAAGAUUUACUUGGCCCUUACCAGGGUUGGUUUUAUCAAUAGUACCAGUUUCACCGACCCCCUCCUCAGCGCGAAUCUGGAUCCAAUGAAAGUGACUGUGCAAACAACAGCGAUGACUCGCAACCAUUACACGCUCCAGCAUCACCAGUUUUGUAUAAUGAGGCCAAGCCUCAAAGCCUGUUGCCCUUGGCUACAUCAAGUGUGCUAAAAGGCGAGUUAAAUGCGGCAAACGGCGCAUCUACCUCCGUCGAUGCACAUAGUACUGAAGUGCUUACAGAGGCAGGAAUCUCAGGUUUGUCUGUCAUCUUUUAUGGCGUAACCCUUUGACAGAAACUCAAUAUGUCAAGUGCGAGCCAGAAGAUCCUUCUUGCAAGGAACGCACCGACGACUUUGAAGGCGGUCGUCGUCCGUGUAAGCGAUUACUUAUCGCCUGUAUUAUGAUCUUUUUCUGGCUGAUUUCACCUGAUUGUUCUGUCAAGACCCAAAGCAUCCUGCAGUGCAUGAUUACCUAAACUGAUACACUGUGUGUAUGUUGCGAUGACGGGGAAGGUAUCCUCUUAGUCCUCUUUGAGUAUUUCCUAAACCGGCUGUGCCGAGCUGCUGUCGGGCUGUUGACUGACGGCAGAGCCGUAAGAGGUCGUGCGUUUCGGUCUCAAAACUAAGGGGAGGGACCUGCUUGCGAAUUGUCUACUUUCCUUGUGGUUGCAGAAUUCUGCAAACCGGUCCUUAUGACGAAACCUUCAAAAUGAUUGCGAUUCCAGUACAGCCAGACAUUGCAUAUGCUUUCGCAAGGGAGACUCCAUAUACCACUCACCGAUUUUCCCAGCAUACCUAUAUUUCUUAGAACUGACGUUCAGGCCGAAGAGGCUUUGGUUCCCUGAGGUCGAAUACCGUGCUAAUAAUGCCUCAUGUAUCUUGCAUAAUCUUUUUGCACUUUAAAAUUUCAUCUACUCACGAAUUUACUACUCCACAUGUGUGUUGGGCUCAAGUGGACAAAGUGCUGAUCCCAAUUCAAAUGGGAAGUCCCUACGGUUGUCUGAAAAGUACGGCGUUGUCUGCUGACUAGAACUAUCCAUCGAUUUCCUUUUCCAUUUCGAACGCAGGGCUUUUAUUUCGCCGAUGAGGGAUACUCGUGAUAGGGCCUUUGAAGGGACUACUUCAUAGCUGCUUAACUCUCCACCACUGGCUUCUGCCGCUUGUACGAAGGUCUUCUCUAGUCUCCAUAGUGGUUGCCCUCCCAACGCGUUUUCUGUUGUUGAGGAGUUGGCUCCGUACUGUAGGUAGGUAGCGUGCCACGCUGCUGCUGCGUCGAUGGCAUUGGCAGCGGAGCCCUCUUCUUAUCGAAUGCCUUGAUGUAAGCUUACAUGUCUUAUUUCCCCGCCCAUCGUCAGAAUACGAUUGUCCAUCUGUUUUUGCCCUGUUUCCUUUCCAGCUCUACGAAAGCAUACGUGCGAGUUUUGUGGCAAGGCUUUUUCUCGAAGCAGCCUACUGAAGCGUCAUGUCGAUGGUGUCCACAAAAGUAAGCGCCUUUUCCCUCACUGGUUGACUGUUUCUCUUCAAAGUCUAUUCCCUCAUUUAAUGUCGCAUUGGCUUCCCCGCGACGUUUGCUUACUUCGUUUUUUCAUUUGUGACUGUACUGCGUACAUAGUACCUUCUCCUCGAAAUUUCAGCGCCGAUACAGGUUUUUAAGAAUACUAGUCCUGUGCUUGCGCAGUAAAUGGUGGUAGGAUUCAUGUGGAUACGUUUUUCGUUUUAUGACACCAGCAUAGAGGACUUGGGCGUUUGCGAUCGUGUACUGAUCGUUGAAGCCAUGGUGGUCAAAGCAUUUUAGUCGUCGUGCAUUUGCCUAUUACUGUUCCUGUUGUUGAAUUCUCUCCCUGCGGGCCGUGCUAUGAGCUCUCAAGCAUAUGUGGCUGUUUUUCAAGAAGCCUGUGGCGUGUUUUUCUCUCGAAGGGAGUUCCGAAGACAUAUGUUGACAUAAUCGGCAAAUUUCGCGCUAUUUGUUCCAUAGACCUACCGUUUCCGAUCCUCAACGUAUUCAGAAACGCGCUGUCUGCGCUUGUCUUUGAGAUCCUUCGAGUUGCUAUCCUGUGAAUUAGCGUAAUAGUAGAUUACAUGUAUCACCGCUCGUGUUUGUUGGCGACAGCCUUAAACACACGUCAGUUUCUAAACAUGAUGAUAUGCCCUCGUCAUCUAUGCCGUUCCACUUUUGCAGUGGAGCCAAGUGAAGGUAGACCGAACGCUUCUCACAGCCCAAUUACCAGUAACCUUUUCCCUCAAUGAUUUCGGGUGUUAUGGCGCUUAUCCACGGAUACGACUAGUAUUUUGUGGAGCAGACUUGGUGCCGCAGAGUUGGCGUCUUAGAAAUGCCAUUUUUAUUAUAUGACCUGCAGCUGGCGCCUAAGCCAGGUACACAGGCUUCCUAUGCCUUGCCUCACAUCACGUUACAUCGCGGCACACAUAGUCGUUCUGCUGACAUCCCUUCUUUGUCGUAAGCAGAUGUCCUCUGUCUUCUCCCCACAUCCCUUGUCACUGACCUACCAUGUACUAGUAAGCCUCUUAUGCUGAUAGCCGCAUCCUGUAACCGUUAAAGGGAUUUUGAUGUUCAGAAGCUUGCCAUUUUUUUGCCAACGUAAGCAUUCGAAUAGCCAAGUCAACAAACACGCAUUUUCAAUUUUUGAUUAUCAGAGCAUGCAGUUGUAGCUCGUUUGGUUGACAGCGACCAUCGAGUCAUUCAGAAAAUACGGGCCAGACACACCAACUUCUGAUGUAAGCCGAUUUUUCUGCAAACAAUGACGAAAGCCAUACGAUUAGCCAAUCUCUCUUAGCUCGGCCGACGACAUUUAUUUGAGCCCUUAAACCACCUUCUCCCACUUUUUAAAGAUGAUGCAUUCCUGCUCUCAUCUAAUCACAUUCCCCUGCAACAGUUGAACACAAAGUUGUUCUGCCGACACCCUUCCUUUGCCACCGGAACUCAGAAAUAGAUAUCCAUCCUACCCCUGCUAGUCAUGAGCAGGUACCCUCUAUUCUCACCUCCAUCAGCUCCAUUACUGGCUUUUUUCGUCCCCUGACUGCACUACCGCGGCGUGCAUUGUACAAGCCUGAAGCUGAAUGUGCGUUUGUCUGCGAGUUUGACAUUCGCGUGAUUGAGGUGUAGGUAGACAGUUUCCUUCUAUUGAUGGGUAGCUCCCUCCCCUUUCGAAGAAUACAGUGAUUAUCAUUUUGAUGAUUUGUAUACAACGUCAAGAUGAGUUUUAGGACUUCAAUUAAUUUCAUCUCUAAAAAAUUGAGCCCCGAUGCAUGUUGUUAUUGCUUAAUUUUGGCUUCCCACUCAAGGGUCUAUGGUUUGUUGUUGACUUCCAAUGCGUCUUUUCAUGAUAUCGAUUUCGCUUGAGGAAGGUAUUGGACCACUUAUUCUUCGAAGAUAUUGACUAGUUAGAGGAAUGUCAGUAAUCUUCACAACACAGUAGUCGUUUGAAAUAGUGGUCUCGGAGCUCGUAUGCGCUGGAGUGCCCUAGAAGCUACUUUGAGAAGGAGUCAUUGAGCCUGGCUUAGUUAGCCAUGCUGUCAUUCCACGCAGACUGACUGCGGAGUCCGAUACCGCCAGUUGGCAACCUUCCAGACUAAGACGUUUAGCACGUCGUGGUAGAUUCCAGCACGUCACAUUUAUUGUAGUGAGAAAUGCAGUGGGAAUGGAGUCCCCGGAGUCGGUCGCAAUCUCUCUCCCCCUUCCGAGCCUGCCACUGCACAGAGUUACUUACAGAGCUGCGAUAGGUCCGUCUUCAUUCGCCACACACGACCUGGUUGUCCACCAGAUUGCACCAAAAAUGCUCCUUAGUGACUUAAGAGUUGCGCAUUCUUUACGUGUGGUAGGACAGGUUUGUAUGUGGUGUUUUGGCUGGUAGAGCUGGGAUAAGGAAGAGAUAGUGAGGUCGAUCCAGCCCACAUUCCUGACUAUAAACAAUCUGACGCGCUUGAAUCUACCACGGUGCGCUAAAAGCCAUGCUUUGGAACGUUACAAAUUGAGGAGAUAGUCCGGCCUUCCUCUCAGUGGCUCCUUUUUAAUGUCACCUUUAUGGCACUCCCACUCAGUUAAGGUUCUAGCCUCCCCACUUGUUGUGUGAAAUUACGAUCCUCUGUGUGCGGACAAGAGGAUGUGGUGACACGUCUGGGCACAAGCUCACGCCGAGCCGACCGCCUGCGCCUAAUCACCCCCCAGUCUUCUUCACUAUGUCUUAACACCAGACCCAACUGGGUGAGGAGGGAGUGUGGUAGAUGUAUCGAGGUCUGCCAUCACUACAAACUAAUUCGCACCCAGGCCAGCGCCCCUCCACCUGCAAUGUUGUUUGACAUAUGGUGGGCAUCGCCGAAAGCGAUGUCCGGGCCGUCGGUAGCGGGUUGUUAACGGAGUCCGAACAGCGGUGUUUUACCGCAGAUAUUCAUGGAGGACAGUAUGGCCGAAUAGACCCCCAACGGUGACUGAAUGGCCGUGGGCAGUUAGGUCUGGUGCUGCGGGCGUAUCUUGGCGCCACUGGAACCGGUUCGCUUGCCUCAUUGCAAUGAAUUCACUGGUGACCGGCCAGCCCGAUGCGUGAUGUGAAAGUGCGAUCUCAGUGGGGGCCGGUUGAGAUCGUGUCCGCAUUGUGGGUGCCUGGACGGCCGUGGUAGAUUGCUAGAAGUUGUAGUGGGUGUCACUGCGUUGACAGUGUUCUCACUGGUGGUGGUGGUGGUCCCCGUCUGCGCAGAGUUUUUAGUACCGUAGAUUGUGAUGAACGGGGGAGGGGAGGGGGCGUCGUAUGGGUUUCAUGAUGGAGGUGGAACUGGAGGCGAUUUGGGUGUGCAGUGUGGGCAGUAAAUUGGAUCCGAAGAUGUUCGACACAAAAACGUCCGUUGGCACCGUGGAAGGGAUUGGGCGUUGGAAUUGUUGGUCUGCUCUUUUGAUUUUGGCAGUGUCUGUCCGACUGGCUUUGUGGAUUGUUGCUUCCGUCUUCACUGCUGGCAUCCACGCUAGUCGUCCUUGGCGAGGUCCUCUCAGGUCUCCGGGUUGAUUUGAGGGAAAAUUUUCAAUGUCACUAUGCUAUCAGUCCCAUCCUCCAUGUCGGGGGCAUCCGUGACGACGUCGUCUUGGAAUAGCUGCCUGUGUAGACGUUCGCAAUCUAUUCUGCUGAUGUGUUCACACCAUCAUAGUUGGAUUCACCUUAGCAUGGAGUGGACGCUGAGGAUUCCGGUUCGUUCCAGGACAUCUGUGUCUUGCCACCUCAGCUUCAGUCUUUUCCUGGGACAGCUAGGGUGAAAGCACUUGGGUUUUCUGACUCGAUUGGCGUAGACAGCCCUGAUGUCUGCCCCGCGAGUAGUCUGGAUAGUACUACUGCCGGGUAAAUUUUGAGUUUCAUGUCCACUUGAAGUCUACGGCAAUCCUUAAUGCAUUCCUGUAAACAAUUGAAAGCCCGACUGACAUUUGACAUCCUAUGGGCCACUUUCUGAAAGUCGCGCCUCCGAGGUAUUCAAAUUUAUCCGCUGAUGCAAGUUGGGUUCCACUAAUUUUGAUUGCAGUCCGCGUUGGCGCCGUAUAGGGCAUUACCACCGUCAUCUCCGUGUUGAUGGUUAGUUCGAAGUUAAAGUAACCGGAAGAGAAGUGGUCCAAACUCCGCUGUUGUGGCGUUUAGCGCACAGUCAUCCACGAACAAUAGGUAGUGGACGAUGGGCCUGGAUACCCCCGAAGAAGCUUUCAGGCGACGAAUGUUGAACUGUUUUCCAUCGGUUCCGUAGUUGACGUUGAUUUCCCACUACUCCUAACGGUCGUCAUCCAUCAACACGGCAGAUAAUAUGAGACUCAAUAGGAUGAGUGCGACUACGCAGCCCCGCUUCAUUCCAUUAAUCACCGUGAACACUUAAGGGCUUGCUCCGUUGUCCAUGGCGCGAACCAUCGUCCCAUCAUGGAAUUGUCUUCUGUGUGAUUAAACUUCCCAGUUCAUUCAAACUUCAGCAUUAUUUUCCGGAGUUCACCACGGUUGUCUGUGCCAAAGACCUUUUCCAAAUCCAUAAAGAUGGUGCACAGGUUAAUCCGAAUUUUCUGACACCUCUCCUGUAGUAGACGGGCCGUGAAGAUCAUGUCUGUGAUUCCGCGGUGGUUUCGGAGUCCGCAUUGUGUUUCUGUAAGAGUCCCCUUCUCCAUAUGCACGUUCAGGCGAUCAAGUAGAAUGCGGCGGAGAUUUUCUCCUGAGAUGCUGAGAAGGGAGGUUACCCUAUGUUUGUCACAUGGUUUCCGGUUCUCAUGGCAUUCGUAAAUGUGUACGAUGGUGCCAUCACUAAAGUCUUGGGAGUCGUGUCUUUGUCACCAUAUCAGAAAUAGCUGGGUAGGUUUUUCCAUGAAUUAUGGAUCGUCCUACCCAUGGACGUCAGGCGGAAUUUCAUCUGACACUUGUUGUACUGUUCUGAUUAUGUCAAGCGGAGGGGUCGAACAAUCGAAGUCGUUGUUGUUGGUGUCCAUAUGAGGAAGUCUGUUGAUGACAUCUUUACAAAUUGCUGACAGGUUAUUGGGGACACGAUAGUUCGACCGUCGCAUCCGACGAUGUCCACCGUAUGCCCCACAGCAGAUGGUGGGAGCAGGGACUGCGACUUGCGCGGGCGUUUAUAGUGCCAGUAGACUUGCGCUGCAUCUACCACACUCUCUUCUCCUUCCCCGCCUAAGCCCGGUGUCAAGAAAACCGGAGACGAGGGAGUCCGCAGGUGGAUGGCUCGGAGGGGUCCUCACCUUGGCGCUCCACUCCGCACCCCCUGGUCCACACAACAAAUGACCAGGAUUUCAACCAACACAACAGAACUUGGAGGCUGGCACGGCCGAAGCCGCACCUAGGCGUGCCGCCGACGCCUGACUCGGAUCUCACACAGUGGGAGUGCCAUAAAGGCCACAUUAAGAAGGAGCCACUGCAGCCUAACUCAGACCUCCAGUCAAGGAGGUCCAAGUUAUCCCGUCAGUUGGCAACCUUCCAAGCCACGGCUUUUAGCGCACCGUGAUAGCUUCAAGCGCGUCAGAUUGUUUAUAGUGAGGAAAGUGCGCUGAGUCGUCGACCUCACUCUACCUUCCCACUCCCACACCCCAGCCGCUGUCCGAGCCGGUCAGCAGACUGGAAUGGGGAAUGGGCGCGGUGGCUGGCACGAUCGACUGACCAUGCCUGCGUGCGCCACGUACACGAUCUGGCCCCCCAGACACACGACAGUUCGUCCGUCGAUUUCGACGAUGACCACCGUGUGCCCCACAGACUACAUUGUGGGAGCAGGGACGGUGACUUACGCAGGGGUUUAUAGUGCCAGUAAACUUGCGUAGCAUCUACCUACACUCUCUCCUCCUCCCCCGCCUGGGUCCGGUGUCAAGACAGAGUCAAGAAGACCGGAGACGGGGGAGGCCGCAGGUGGAUGGCUCGGACGGAUCCUCACCUUGGCGUUCCACCACACCCCCUGGUCCACACAACAAUAACCAGGAUUUCAACCAACACAACAGAGAUUUGGAGGCUGGCACGGCCGAAGCCGCACCUGGGCGUGCCGCCAACGCCUGGCUCGGAUCCCACACUGUGGCGCUUGAAGCUAUCACGGUGCGCUAAAAGCCGUGGCUUGGAAGGUUGCCAACUGACGGGGUACCUUGGACCUCCUCCUUAACGGGAGGCGGUCUGAGAGUCAGGCUGCAAUGGCUCCUUUUUAAUGUGGCCCCCAGACACACACACACACACACACACACACACACACACACACACACCAGGAUUUCACUCAACGGGGGUUGAACGGCAUGUCUCUCACUUGCGUAAGAGGGCCGUUGAAGGUGCUGUUUCAGCCCAUCUCCCAGCCCACCAGUCCACCACUCCACACAACACACACACAACGGGACGGACUGCGUGGACCAAGUGGGGGCGUCAAUCAGCAGCCUUCCUAUCCACGUGAUGCAUAAGUCCCUGAUCCACUGUGGAUAUUAGGGACACAGUGGAUCAGGGACUUCUGCAUCAGGAGGGUUGCUCCAUCCUGGCUAGCGACCACUUUUAUAGUACGCAUCAACAGGACGGUAGUCAAAGCUAACCCUGGGCAGCCAACCGACUGUCCGUCAGUGUGAAACCUUUAUUGGUGUCAGCUCGAUCAGCUCCUUCCUGAGGUGUCUGCUGUCUCGACCGAUUGUCUGGUUGAUCGCAUCGCCGGUAUCUGAAUUUCAUCUACCUCGGCAGUCUCAUAAAGCUCGGCGGAUAGGCCGGCCGAGUACCGAGUGGUUGGACGAGAUUGGGCGCAGUGGCUGACGCGCCGUGGAGUCCUGCAUCUGGGUGUGCCACCCUUCCCUCCCCCCCAUGUGCGGUAGUGGUAGCGGUAAUGGGCUCUCGCAGACUCUGUGCAACCUGAUUAACGUGUGUCGGUCAUGUGCCUGGGGUUUUGUCCCGCGCGGCUCGACGUGGGAGCCAAGGACGACGCACGCGACGACACACUGAGCGAAAUAAUCCACGGGGAAUUUUAUAAGAUAAGCCCAGAAACCUGUGAUAUACAGAAUUGAGACUAUGCACAUAUGCAUCUGUGCCUAAGCGGCUGACAAGGGAGUUCAGCCGCCCGGGACAACUUUUUUGCGGCGUGAUUUUACUCUCCCCCGAAAUUACUGCCUGCUGUCUACGGGAACACACAUCUUCCGGAGGUCUGGACCGCGAUCCCCACAGCCUCAGCACACCUUAGUCUGCACUCCGGCUCAUCUGUACAUGCUGAAGUCGAUCCAGGACAUAUAUCACCAAUUCAACUAAACCAAAGUCUCUUUUUUUCUUGAUUUCAGCUCUGCGCCCCUUUGCCUGCGAAAUUUGCGGCAGAAACUUCGCGGAGAUGGGACAUUUAAGGAGGCAUAUCAAUAGUCUUCACAAAAGUACGCUUCUUUUCGCCAAGCGGUCUCCUCCUCCAGUUGAUUUAGAAAUGCCGUUUUUGUCCUAGUUCUUGAAAGCCUUUUGUUCAUUACGUUGCGUUCGGGGGGGAUGCAUUUUUUACUUUGAUUUCCCACAAAAGGAUUCACUCGGGCCUAUGCAUGGGGCGGAUAGAUGUCCUGGUCUUGUUGGUGAGAGGGCACAGGUUUUCGUGAUAGGAAGCACCUACUUGGCCGGGUGUGCCUCUUUCGGGACGAGUAUUAUCCACAUGACUGGAUAGCAAAUUGCAGCUAUUUCACCACAAAGAGGAUGAUGCUGAAACCUAGUAGAGGCCAAUGCGUGAUGCAGUCUAUGCGACCGGCGUAGAGCUCUUUAGAUCAUCGUGACGACUAUCUGGGGAUUCGUUCGACCAGUGGAUUCGUUGUCCUCUGUCCGCGGAGGAAAAACUGUCCUUGUAUGUCAACUGAACCCCAUUACGAAAGCCGUUUGCGGAUUUGAAAGGAGUUUACGCGAAAUGUACGUGAGACUCAUCUUUGCGUUAGCUCAGGUCUGAUGGCACAACGAUGCUCUUAGAGAAAUCUAUGACCCUGCACGGCCUGAUCGAACGCAUCCGGCGCAUCUUUGCCAACAUAUUUUCAGUCAACAAGUGCGCAGUUGACGAAUAAAUUCUACGUUCAAAUGACGUUAAGAAGUUUGGCGUACCUAAGUCCUGCAAUCGGCUGGGGUUCGUGACAUCGUCGCGAUGCUGAGACGCAUUCAGCUUCGAUCGGACGUCACAUCGUGUAUCUGACAGACGAGUGUCCUCCAAGUGGGCUACUAAGUGAACAGGUUGUUGCCGUGACCAGCGGACGGGGAGAUAAGCAACGGUGAUUUGAGGACACCCUGAAGCCUUUCUCUUGGAAUAAGCCUGGACCUCCUGAAAAUAUUUUGCGUCCAAUUGUCCGGCGUUUGCGACUGUCGUAAAACACGGAAUAGCAAUCAUUAAAGCCAAUCACAAACGGCGAAAAUUACAACUCAAGAUGGGUAUACUGAUGAGUAACGCCACCACACUCCAGCACCAUAUUUAAUGUAUUCGGUGCCAACACGCAAUCAGAACUAUCAUUUGACAGCGACACCAACUUGAGGAACACUGCGCCAUUAGUCACUCAAAUACAGAUCCACCACACAGGAAAUCACUUUCCCCCGCUGCGAUUGCAGCUUCUUUAGCAUGAGCUACCUUGAAAGGACGUUUGACGCAGCAAAUGCGAGGCCUUUGUCCACGAAUGCUUCCCCCAAUCGGCUGUUUCAACGGAUUCGCACUUUGCUUUACCAUGACACUGUGGUCCGCCCCAUCUGUUUGAAUUCCAACUUGAUCAUCCACUCUGCCAAGUAGCAACCCCAUCCAAAACUGUCCAUCGUAGGCCAGCUGCCAUUGUGUCUAUCCACGCAGAAACUAAAUUGCAAACGCAACUUGGCGGUGAUAUCCAGCGUCAGUCGCAGCAGAGUGCUGGGCCUCUGCAUGGUGCCCCCUGUCGCAGGUCGCAUUAUUCGGUGACGCUUUUUUCCUUCUCCGGCCUGCCAGUCGGUCUGCAUCGACGUUGGACGGCUGUGGAGACUUUUUACGUCUCGAGUUUUGCUGCGACCGUAGUUUAGGUAAAGGUGUUUUUUGUCAGGGUUUUUUUUCAGUGGCUUAAUGGUAAGGCUUAAUUUCAUUAUUAAAAGAGCAGGGUUGUUCCAGAAGAGAUUGUCUCAGUUUUUUUUCAAUCGAAUGACCCCUUUUUCGAUCCUUGUUUUAGAGCUACGAGAAUUUGUUUGUGAGAUUUGUGGCAAAGCCUUUACACAGAAAGCAACGAUGAAUAAGCAUAUUGACAGUAUUCACAAAGGUGCGUUCCUUCCCCUUGGUUUUUAUAAUAAGUUUGCUUUGAAUACAGUCACGACAUCCACUCGACGAUUUGCCACGGUGUCUUUUACUCUUUGAAUACUUAUGCCACUGGAGUAUUUAUUUCAGCCGUCUUGCAUUCGCUGCCAUUUCUCGCACUGUUGAAGUAAACAGGGUCUUUAGGAUUGUGUGCCAUACGCUGUCACCUUUCUGUUCUAUCUCCUCUUUCCACGCCAGCCCUGGCAGGAGUCACGUCCCCCUUGACUUUACGCAUGUUUACGUCACUCCAUGCGCAAGAACGGCCCUACACUAGUUCGCUAUCUCGCCCAGCGCAGGCGAUGAGAACGCAUAUCCUAAGGACACAGCGGUGACCUGCGUACGAAUUGAUUCAUCACGAUGUGGUCGACUUGCACAGCACUCGCCUCACUCAUUCCCACUGCCUUCGCAUGACAAGACGAAGUCUCAGUGACUGAAGAUGGACAGGACACGAUUGCUGACGAGUCUGACGCCGCACCCGCACGUAUCCGUACGUUUUAGCACCCAACUUCGCAGUCCAGUGUGGCCACACUUUUAGGGGAGGGGGGGGGGCAUUGCGGCAUGAUUCGGGCUUGAAAGAAGGCCAAGUUGCUCCGUCAGUUGGCAUCCUUUCACCCCACGACUAACAAUUGGUUGUGAUCUCUCAAAAACAUUUGGUAAUUUAUGUGGGGGAGGGGGGAGCGCGGAAACUAAGCGUGAUGGUAAGACCGGACGGACUAGUUGGCUCUACGCCUGCCGCACACGCGCGUGCUUCCCACUUAAAGACUCACGUACGGCGCAGCUAUGAAACACGGUCGGCAAGACUCUUCGCGACCGGUAGCAAACUUACGUCAUGUCGGACCUGUCAGUGAAGUUCACAAAGCUGUGACGCAAAUCCCCCCUCGAGGGCAUGUUCUCAAUCAACAUGACCUUCCUAACGCAAAAGUACCCCCUCUGGGCCUUCUGAUUACAGUGGCACCUCUUGGAAGGUUCCACACUGGUGAGGGUUCCAAAGCCACCCUUAGGAAGGCUGCUGCUGCUGCAGUAAGGUAGUCACUGCUUGUCUGCACUAUUGCCCAGUCCGGAUCGCGCUAUAGAGCUUCACCUGUCACCCGGCAUAACCCGUUACCCGGUGAUUUGAAGGGUCGGACAGGGCGGUCCAUAUUCUAGUGCGAGUGCCGCAGGGUAUUCUAUCCAGCAGUGCGCACAACCUCUGUCCGGUCAACCACGGUCUAGUUGAGUUUCGAGCGCCACUGGCUAAAGCGCGAAAAGGCCGAGCUCGGUCGCAGGGGUUACCAAGGCUAAGCAGCCUGCCGACGAACUGGCUCAAAUUGUAUGUGCCGGCGUUCCGCAAGCGGUGAUUAUGAUCUCACACGUGUGAGAGUUCCAUAAAAACCACAUUAAGAAAUACCUACUGCAGGUUGACUUUCAGUCCGGAGAAGGAUCAAGUUAUUUCAACAGUUGGCAACUUUCCGGGCCAAGGCACUUUGCACGUCAGGUCCAUUACAGUAGGGAAUGCACAGAUGUUCCGCGAGGAUGGAUUCUUCACUGUCGACCUCACUCGUUCUUCCUUCUCCCAUGCACUAAUGAACUGUCCGAGCCAGUUAGCCGUUUGGUGACGGGACUGAGCAUGGUGGCUGACGCGGCCUAGAAGCCCCCCUGCAUGGCAGUAGUAAUGGUAGUAGUAGUAGUAGUAGUAGUAGUAGUAGUAGUAGUAGUAGUAGUAGUAGUAGUAGUAGUAGUAGUAGUAGUAGCAGUAGUGGUAGUGGUAGUAGUGGUAGUGGUAGUAGUAGUAGUAAUAGUAGUGGUGGUAGUAGUAGCAGUGGUAGUAGUAGCAGUAGUAGUUGUAGUAAUAGUAGUAGUAAUAGCAGUAGUAGUAGUAGUAGCAGUAGUAGUAGUAGUAGUAAUGGACCUUCACAGACUUCGCAUCCCGGUUAACGUGUGCAGGUCAGGUCCCCCGGGUUUCGUCCAGCGCAGCGCGAUGUGAGGACCUGGGAGGUAUCACACGACGACUCGCCGAGUGAAGUAAUUUUCGUCGGACUUUGUGGGAUAGGCCCAGAAACGCGCGAUAUACGGAAUUGAAACUCUGCAAGUAUGUAUAAGCGCCCAAGCGGCUGACAAUGGAGGUUAGGCGCGAUCUCCUCCCUGCCUCGAAUUCACUGCCGGCUAUCCAGGGGGAACACAUAUUUUCCGGAGGCCAGAACCGCGAUCCCCACAGCCUCACCAAACAUCAGUCCGUAUGUUUGUGCGUGCUUCAAUUGACCCAAAAGUCAUGUCCUCAAAGGUCUUUUUUUGUUAUUUCAGCCCUGCGCCCCUUUACCUGCGAGAUUUGUGGCAGAAACUUCGCGGAGAUGAGACAUUUGAGGAGUCACAUCGAUCAUAUUCACAAAAGUAUGCUCCUUUUCCUGCCCUGUGGCCUAUUCUCGAUGUUCUUCAUCUGAUCCAGGGACACCGUUUUUAUGGUUGUCUUUGAAAGCAUUAUUAUUAUUGCGCCAUGUAUUAUGCUGAUAGGCGUCUCGAUAAGUAAUUUGUAACUUGAUUCCACCAAGCGCGGGCAGGUUGAUUUUCCCUUCUCUCAUAACUUUGAAGACCGCACCCGUGGCCAUCCUGAUAUACUGUUGUGAAAGUCGGCAAGUCCGCACUACUUCGCAAGGACUCGAUUCACUCGGCAUCACGAUAGGAAUGCGCGAGCGCAUUCUUUUUAAUACUUUGACCUUGCAUGCAAGAGAGGUAGUGCUGCCGAGGAUUUGUUGUUGACACUGAGAUCAUUGACGUGUCAUCUUGGUAUCCGCUGUUCUUCAAAGCAGUUGGUGGCGGAAUAUCCUAGAUUUAUUAACGUUUUUGUACGGUUCGACAUUUUAUGGCGACCAGCUUUAUCAGUGUAUACAAAUGUAGCAUGAUUUCCCACACUGACGGCACAGGCACUAGCCCAGACAUUUCGAUCACCGUGUGUUACACAGCAAGGUGCAGCAGGUACGGUAACAUGCGCAUGACUUAGUUAAUAAUGAUGGUAGACUUGCGCAGCAUCUACCGCACUCUCUCUCCCCUUCCCUCACCUGGACCCGGUGUCAAGAUAGAGUCCAGAAGACCGGGAGCGGGGGAGGACGCAGGUGGCUGGCGCGGCCGGACCCGCACCUAGGCGUGCCACCACACCCCCUGAUCCACAACAUACAUUUGACCAGGAUUUUUCACUAACAAUAACAUCCCAACAGGGGUCAGAACUACGAGAACGACCGGGCAGCCAUGUUCACCACCUGACAUGGUAUCAGUGACAGGUACCAGCUACAAGCCCAGACAGGUGUUUCACCGAUAUUCUUCCGCUGCAUGACACAGCUGCGAGGGGUUCGGCUUGUCAUCACCCCCCCCCCCCCAACGUUCUCCGUCUGCUUUCUGGUAGUUACUACAGUUUUGUCACUACCGGCUGUUUAUCUUCUCAGAACUUAAUCACUAACUUAGAGUAGACCAGUAGAAGUAUCAUGCAAAAUUUGUGGACUCCUGACUGCCUAUUGGCAGUUAAUGAAUAUUACUCAAUAAUGUCGCCGUAGCCGGCGGAUUUCGGCUUUCGAAGUGAGCCGAUAAAUCUUCAUGCCGACGAUUUGCUCCAAGUUGCGAAUUAAUUUCUGAGGAAAUUAGAAAAAAGUUGAGGACAGCUGUCAUUAAUCAACAAACACUCGCAGUCAUCCACACUUGACUCCACCGUCAUAAGUCAUCGUGUCGUUGCCGGCAGCACACUCUUGCGUGAACACCACAGUUUUUGGAAUUAGCAAAAUUGGUGGUGGUAUCGCAGUCCAAAUCUCCAAAACCAGCCAACUCCUCAGCAGGUUUUGGGCUUCAAUAUGGAACCGGAACGACAUUUUCUUCGACAGCUGCCUUAAGAUAUAAAAGACUGUGUUGCCGACUGCGCUGCUCUGCGACAAGGCUGUCCGCUAUUCUCCAGCCGUAUUCAUAGGAGGUACCACGAAGGUUCGCAAGUGUAGACCCUCGAAUCGACCCCUGCGUAGAGUAACAGGAAUUCACCCCCGAUUGAACGGGCUUGUUGCGAGCCUGCCCUCCAAAUAGUCCAUCACCUUACUGGCAGACGAAAACGUAAACGACGAUGGUUAGGAUAACACCUUAGAGAUCUGUCUUCGAAUUAAGCAAGACUCCCCGAAAAUAUUUCGUGCACGAUCGCCAUGGAUGUCGUAAAGCAUGUAAUAAUGAUUAUUAAAGCUGAUUAAAAGCGAAAAGCGACGAUUCAUGAUGGGAAUACUGAUGGGUAACGCCGCCAACGUUCAGUGCCUUCUUGAAUGCCUUCAGUAACAACGUACAUUCAGAACUAGCACUUGGAGUGGACAGCAGCUUGAGAACCGUUGCGCUGGGAGUUCGACUGUUGUGACCGGCGAUGCCCACCGUGUGCUCCACAACAGAAUGAUAGCAGGCGCGGUAACUGGCACAUGCUUCUUCUUUUGUUGUGAUGGCGGAUUUGCGCAGCAUCGAUCGCGCCCUCUCAUCCUCCCCCACCUGAACCCGGUAUCAAGGCACAGUCAAGAAGACGGGAGGUGCGGUAGGCUACAGGUGGCUGGCACGACCGGGCUUGCACUUAGGUGUACCCCCCUGGUCCACAAAGAACACUUCACCGGGAUUUUAACCAACAACAGCGACGGCUGGCGCAACCGGAGCCGCUUCUAAGCGCACCGCCACACUCCCUGGUGCACAAAAAGGAUUUUAACCAACAACAGCAAGAUCUACGACUGGCGCUGCUGCUGAAGCCACCCUAGGCGUGCCGCCACACCCGCUUGGAUAUCACUAGGUGGGAGUGCCAUAAAGGCUACUGCAGCCUGACUCUCAGACCACCAUUUUGCCACCUCACACAAACACGCAGUGAGCUAACUGCGAGGACUGAGUUGGAGCGCCAGGUGGCAACCUUCCAAGCCGCGGCUUUUAGCCAACCGUGAUAACUUCAACCUCUUUAGAUUGCUCAUAGUGAGAAGGAUGCGCUGAGUCGUCAACGUCACUCUCUGUGUUCCCAUUCGCAGGUCCCAGCCACUGUGUCUGAGCAGGUCAGUCGUCUUGGGCGGGGAAUGGGCGCAGCGGCUGACAUAUCUAAGGAAUCAAUCUACGCGUGCCGCACACACGACCGGGCCCCUCUAAAAACUACCACCAGGAUUUCACUCAAAAGGGAGUUGGCGGCCUACGUUUUGCAUGCGUCACUUUAAUAAGGAACCGUUGCAGCCUGACUCUCAGUUUACUGGUCGGCCUCUCAACACACAAGCACACAACGGGUUGACUGCAAGUGCUGAGUUGUAGAGUCAGUUGGAAACCUUCCCAGCCAUGGUACUUAGUUCACCGCGGACCUCACAUGCAGCACAUGAACCGCGAAACACGCCUCCCACUUUCGUGAGAGGUGCCAGUGUUGUGGGAUUUUAGAGAGUUGUACGCGCAGUGCAGGUGUUGGUGGGGGUUUGUGUGAUGACGUCGUCGUGUCAGCGGUGAUUAACCGCAGGUUUUCAUAAAUGCCUAUGGGACCUAGUAGGCCCAUGCGGUGGCUAAAUGCGCGAGGCCCCAGCGGGCAGUUGGGCGAGUACGUCUGGUGUAUGUCAGUGCUCCAGACUCUGGUUCGCCAGUCUCCGUGUGAUGGACUCGCAAGUGACCGACCAGGCAGAUGUGUGAGAUGGAUGUAUGGGGACAGUGUGGACAGGAUAGAUCGGGAGCGUCAGAGUCAGUUUUAAUGGUGGUGGUGGGAUAUGCUUUGGCUAAGAAGCAGUAGAUGUGCAAGGUGUGCUGGGUAUGUAGAUACUACAAUGUAUUCUGCGCAGACAGUGAACGCGAAUGCGGCGGGUGUAGGUUGGUGCUCCAUGCACUGGUUCGCCUGUAUCUGUGCAAUGGAUUCGCAAGUGACCGCCCAGGCCGAUGUGUGAGGCGAAUGUGCGGACGCAAUGAGGGCAGCUCAAGACUGAGUCCACAUCACUGGAUGUUAGGGUGGUGACGGUGAAUGUGAUGGGGGUUUUCGGGGCGUCAGGAGCGUUUUGGUCGGUGGCGGCCGUGGUAGGGAUUGUUGUGUUUUAUCGUCGCCGAGGUAAUUGCGAGAGGCAGUUGAGGUGGUAGUGGUCGACCGCAGUGCGGUAUGCGGAUCCGAAACAAUUUAGGUAAAGGUGGGCGCCGACGCGGAAGUUGGAGGAGGGGCGGUCGUGGAGGUAGCGGUUGCAGUCGUCGGACGGUUGGUGCAUUGGUUCCGAAACUGACCGAUGAGGCCAAUCCGCGCGCAAAAUAUUCGUUGACAGCGUGGGCACUUUGGGUGGGGUUUAGUAGCGAUAUUGCGGAUUGAAGGCGCCUGAGACCUGCAAGCUUCUCUUUUGGCUUAGGUGGCGACGAUCCGAUGUGAUUUGUAGAUGGCUGCGCCAGUCUUUACCUUUCUUCUCAAGGCCGGUCAGCUCCGGGCGAGGUCUUCCCGGGUCGGUUGGUUGACAUGCAAUCGCUUCAGAGUAUUUUUCAGUUUCCUUGUAGCGUCGUCUUGGUCCUUUCAGGUCCGAUGACAACAUCUCCGUAGAGGAGUCAUUUGGGUAAUCGCGCAUCGCCCCACCUCACGAGGUUACCGUUCUAUUGCAGUUGCAGUUGCCACAGCAUGUCGUAGAUGCUGAGGAUUCCGAUCGGUUCCAGGAUUUCCGUGCCUGGGAUCCUGUCCUGCUGUCUCAGCUUCAGUGUUCUGCAAAGGCGGCUAAGGUGGAAGUAGUUGAGCUAUCUGGCAUGGCCGGACUGAUGGUCCAGAUCUCCGCCCCCGUGUAGAAGUCUCGCCAAAGUGACGGCCUCCAGAUUGGUGUUCAGUUGAUGUCCGUACCGAUCCAACACAGAGGCCUGCAGCCGGCCGAAGGCCUGCCUGGCUUUUGAGUUGCCGAUCGGCAACCUCGUCAUCGAUUCUUGUGCUGCGCGGCAGUUUGCUUCCUAGAUAGGCAAAGUUUUCCGCGGUCUAGUUUUGGCUGCCGUUGACAGUGAUUUGAGGCGAGCUGUAUUCAGCGUUCGGUGGCGGUCGAUGCAUGAUCACCGUUUUGUGCGUAUUGAUGAUCAGUCCGAAGUGAACGCAGCCGGAGGAGGAGAGACCCAUGCUCUGUUGCAUGUCUUCGCCGGCCGUAGUGUUAGGUGCGCGGUCGUCGACGAGGUGCAGCUCGUGAUCCGUGGUCGUAGACAGCCACGUUGGGGCCUGCAUGUGCCUGCUGUUGAGAAGAUGCUCGUCAGUUCUCUUGGUGAUGUGUAUCCCAGGGCGCUCAUCACGGUAGGCUUUCAUCAGCAUGGCGAGAACGUGAGGCUGAAGAGGGUGGGAGCGAGUAUGCGUCCCUGCCGGUAACUGCGAAUGUCUCCGAGAUUGCGCCGUUGUCCGCGGCGUGUGCCGGUGUGAGCUGACGCACCAUAUUCGUAAAGCGCUCAGGACAACCGGAUUUCUACAUAGUUUUCCACAGUCCCCCUCGACUUGCCGUGUCGAGGGCGUUCGUCAAGUCCACGAAGGUAUUCUAGAGGCGGGUUCACGCCUCCUGUGGCUGGCAGACAGCAAAGAUCAUAUCGGUGGUCUCGAGGUGUCGGCAGAAGCAAUAUUGGCCUUUCCGGGAGUGGUGCUUGCUCGAGAUGGAGGUUGAGACGAUCGAGUAGAAGGCAAGCGAAGAUCUUGUCAGAUUUAAUGAGUAACGCGAUGCCCCUGUGAUUAGCAUAAAUUUGUCGGUUCCCUUUGCGAUGGAAAAUGGACGAUGGUCGCGUCCUUGAAGUUCCGAGGGAUUUGUCCUUGUCUUCUUAUCUGGAAGAGUGGCGCGUGGUAAUCCAUCGAUCGGCGAUCGCCACGCUUGUUGAUUUCAGCUGAGAUCGCAUUGGAGCCCGGAGUUUUCCCACUGGACUUUUGCACCUCAGAUGGAAGGGAGAACGGGAGAUCCAGGCCGAUGUUGAUUUACACUUGGGGGAACCGGUCGAUCGCGGCAUUGGAGAUUGCAAAGGGAUGGUUUAGGGCUCUUCUAAAGUGGUCGGUCCACGGCUUCAGAAUCUGGGACUUCUCCGUCAAAAAUGUUGAUCCUUCAGUGCUGAAAAGCGACGAGGUUCCUGUUGUUGAGGAGUGGUAGAUGGCCUUGAUCGCAGCGAGGAGGUUCCUAGUUUCUUUGCGGUCGGCGUAUCCCUUAAUCUCCUCGGCCUUGCAAGCCAUCCAGGCGUCCUGAAUUUCUCGCAAUCGCUGCCGCGCAAGGCGACAACAUCGAUAAAACGUUACUUUAUAUACAUCGGGCGGGCGCUCGAUGUAUCUCUGUGUAUUCUGUUGUUUUCGGCGAGCAGGUUGCUGAUGUCGGCGGCGUUGUCGUUGAACUAGUCCUGAUGCCGGUGACAUGCGCGACCGAGGACACCCAGGGCGGUCGAAUGGACGAAGUCUCACAGUCGUCACUAUCGAAGGAGGCGUUUUCAUCUGGAGCAUGCAAGUCUCCCAGGCACUGGAUCAGCUGAUUGCUGAAGUGUAGACGGUGAGCAGACAAAUUAAACAGAGCACUAUUCAACUUACCUGCAGAUCGCUUACCUUGUGACCUCGCGCGGGAUUACAGAUGAAGCCUCAUCUUGAAGCUGACAAGGCGGUGGUCCGCCAACGAUCUUCGUCGCAGAUUUCCCUGGCCAUUAUCAAGUCCUGUCGAUCGCGCCGCCGGUCGAGAACAUAGUCCAGCAGCUGUCAGCGCCGCGAUCGGGGGUACAUUCAGGUCGUCUUCUUCCUUCUCGGCAGACGGAAUACUGUUGGCCAACAGGAGGCUGUGUUCUGCGCAGGUUCGAGCAGAAGGACACCAUUAUCGUUGCAGCCACCCAUCCCAUGAGGACCCCAGCAGUUCCCUCCAGGCGGCGCAUUCCGUCCCAACGAGGACAUUGAAGUCGCCAAGGACAACCAGCUUGCCCGUCUUCGGCACGGGCGCCAGGAAGGCGUCAGAGCUGGUUAUUGGUGGGGCGUAGGCGCUGAUGAUAGUGGCGAAUUGGGAUAUCCAAAGAGACAGGCGCAGUCUCAUGAGUUGGUGGUUGAUGCCCUGCGGAAGACAGAACAGUCGUCCGACGAUGUCGUUCCGGAUAGCAAAGGUGACGCCCGCGUCCCGUCGUUCUGCCUUUGGGCGACCGCCCCAGAAGAAGGUAUAGCCAGCACUCACCUUUUCCAGUAUGCCUUGUUAGGAAAUACGGGUGUCGCUUAGUGCAGUAAUGCCCACCAUGUAGCGCACCAGUUCUCGAGCGACAAGCACUGUCCUACGUUCCGGUCGGUUGCUACUGAUGUUGUCUAAAAGGGAACGAACAUUAUUGGCUGUCAGAGUGAGCGGGCUCACCUUAGCAGCCUAUGGAGUGGGACGGAGGAGAGGGAGUUCGAAGAUGGAGGUUGUUGUGGUUUGUUUUGUUGUUUCUACCGUGAGAUUUGCAUCUGAGAUCCACUGUAAACAUGCAGAUGACGUGACCCCAGCAUUUGUUCAGGACACCUUUCCUAUCCGCUUCCCCACCAGGGGGUAAACAUUGCUACUCCAACAUAGGACUGCUUAAACGUCCCAGACGGCUAUCGAACUUUACCAUGGGUCACAUCUUUGUGUUGUGGAGGGCGACCUGAGUUAGCCUGGGCCGCCUACGUAAGCGAAUGUUUCCUAACCCGCAGGACUUUUUGAAGUGGGGGGAGCGGGUAAGGAUGCGUUUGGAACACAAAGUUACCGGGUGUGGAGACACGAAACUGGAUACCCUCACCUGCUUUAGCCCUCCAGCGGAGACGGUUAUCAGGUUGUGGCCUCUAGGCAGAACUUAACUUUGAGGAUCCACAUGUGAGAGUUGGAUACCAGUUAAUGGAAACUAGGUGUGGUAAACGCAUGCAUGAAAAAAGUGAAGCGACCUCCUACGACCUUCGCGUGGACCCAAAACUACACAUCCCUACAGCUUGCGCGGAAAGUUACGCAUCCUCUAACUCUCUAUGCAAGAAGUCCCUUGCUUCUGCUGCGAUUGUAGCUUCACCAUGGGUCACCAUAAAAGGACGUUUGCACAGCAAAUGUUGGGCCUUUAUCCACUAAGGGUUCUCCCAAUCGGCCACUUCAACGGAUUCGCACAUUGCCUUAGCAUGACACUGUGGUUCGCCCCAUCUGUUUAAAUUCCAGCCAGCUUAUCCACUCAGUCUAACAGUUACUCCAUCAAAAUCUGUCCAGCGUAGGACAGCGGCCAUUGUGUCUGCAUGCGCAGCAUCGAAAUUGCAAACGCAACUUGACGGCAGUUACAGCAGUGAGGUGGGUUUUUGUGUGACCCUGUUGCAAGUCGGUCUUUAUCGGAAUGGGACGGCUGAUUCACCCGUUGUUUGGAUCUAGGGAAGUAAAGGUGUUUUUUUUAUCAAGGUAAUGCCCCGAUGAUUUUGUGCAAAUGCCUAAUUCCUUUAUUUAAAAUGCAGUGCAGUUCGUGGAAGAGUUGUUUCAGUUUUUUUUCAAUCAAAUGACCUCCUUUCGAUCUUUGUUUUAGAAAUACGCGAAUUUGUGUGUGAGGCCUGCGGCAAGGCCUUUUCGCGGAAGGCUAACUUGAAUCAGCACGUUGACAGUAUUCACAAAGGUCCGUUCCCUUUUCCCGAAGGUUUGUUGUUACAUUGCUUAUAAUAAGUUUACUUUGAAUGUCCUUGGCGACUUCAGUUUGGCGGCUUUUGUUUAUUUGCCACGGCUUCUUUUACUCGUAGAAGAUUUAAGCGACUGUGGUUUUUAAUCAAAUCCCCUGAAGCCCGGGAGCCCUUGCUCCCACCGUUGAAGUAAACAUGAUCUCCAAGAUUGUGUGCCAUACGCUGUCGCCUUCCUGAUGAACACCAGCCUCGCAAGGAUUCGCGUCCCCCUUGACUGUUACGCAUGUUUAUGUGGGCCCACGCGCGGCGUGGCACGGCGUGAAGACUACCGACGUCGGGCUCGUGCAGGGUAGUUGACAACCCACGAAUUCUUGGCGCAUUCGACUCGGUCUGUAAUGCUGGCUCGGAUGUCACAUGCGUUGCAGUGCCCUGAAGGUCACAUUGUGAUUGAGCCAUUGAGGCACAACCCUCAUAGGAAUCGAGCCAUCUUGUUAGCUGGCAGUCUUCCGAGGCAAGACUGCUAACUCCUAGUGAUAGGUUUAAUCUCGCCAAAUUUACUACGGCGAGGAAUGUGCUGAUGUUCCUCUCACACCCAUGCACCAGUCGAAUGUCCGAGCCUGUCAACCAGCCGCUGAUGCGGUUGGGCGCACUAUCGGCUAUUUGUUUGCCAGGGGGGGGAUCUACAUCGUGCUUAGCUGCGACUGAGCCGCUUUUCACAUCAAUUAACCAGCGUUAUCUUCUCACUUAUUGCCGCCUCUCACCGAAGGAGAUUGAUAUUUUCCUUUCUAUUUAGGCCUGGUUCCUCUCCCAACCGUGCCAAGUCAUAUGUGCGAGUUUUGCGACAAGGCCUUCGGACGAAGCAGCCAAUUGAAGCGGCAUGUCGACUGUGUCCACAAAAGUAUGUGCCACCUUUCCCUCACCGGUUGACUGUUUCUCUUUAACUUCUACUUUCCCAUUAUAGUGUCGCGUUGACUUCCUGCACGACACUUCUUUAUGCUGCGUUUUUUUGUCUGUGACUGUUCUGCCUGCACGGCAUCCUUGUCUCGAAAUAUUUUGCUACUUGGUAAGAUCGCAGUUCGUAGCCAGACAUUAUAAGUCAACGUACUUACAUGUUAUCAGUAGGCGUGUUUCUACUAAGUUCCGCAGGUCGCCCGUUUCGGUCAGGUUGUUGGGUUUAGUGACGGUUAGGGUUAAGUUUUAUAAUUAGGACUAGGGUUAGGGUUUGCCUUUUAGGGUUAGGGUUAUGUUUAAGAGUUAAGGUUGGGGUUAGGGUUAGCAUUAGGUCUUAUGGUUAGGUCGCUAGGGUUAAGGUUAGGGUUAGGUUUGCAAGAGGACAAACAUACGGCAAUUAAUUCGUAAAUUACGGCGGCUCCCCAGUUUUAUCGCAUAAAAUGCAGGUCAAACUGCUUGGAUGGCAUUCUUCCGACUCCGGACUAGACUUUGUAGACUGGAAAUAUUAGGGGCGCUCUCCAUUCCGUCGACCGUUUCCUCUGUCUCUCCGCGAAGUUUUGAAUUCUGACCUGUGUCGGUGUAUGCAGUGUGCUGAAUCAGCUUAAUUGACAGGCUUCGGUCGGAGUGCUUCGACCCUUAUGCAUGUGGAGGGAAGUAAGUAUUCUCCGCAAGUUCAAACGACACAGAGUCCUGUUGUCGUUUUUGUAGCCUGCGGAGGAAACGAGAUUAACCUGGUGAGUGGGGAUUAAGAGAGCCGGCCAGCGAGAUGAUGACUAUGCCCGCAAUAUGGCGACUUUUCUGGAUUGUUGGGCUCUUUUCCAUCAAGCCCCAUUAGGGGCAUGAGCUCAUUGUUUCUAGCAAGAGAGAUGAGACCGAUAAUCCGGACAAAACUAUCUGCCUCGUGUGAUGAAGUUCAUCACAGCCGUGAGAGUAUCGUGGCGAAUCUAUUACAAAGCAGACUCGUCUAAGCUCACCCUUACCAUCUGACCUGCACCAUUUACCAACAACAAGCCUAACUUCUGACCUGUACUUGGUACAGCUGUCAUCGUGCCUGAUCUAGCCGACUUCGGUGAUGUCGCGAAUUGUACCUCUCCACGCCUGACGAUCUAUGGCAGCGACUCUGGAGAACUCAACUCUUUCUCCCCUGCAGCCACAGGCACCGAAUACCGAAGGUCCAUUUCCAUGUCUUGAAAAAUGGUUUUAAGCCGGGCUGUGAGUUGUCCUCGUUGGCGCCUCCAGAUGGGCAGCGGCACCGACUCGAGGGCAGGAACACUGAGCUUAUUCAGCGGACGACUAAGAACAUGCCAAAACCACCUAGAUCGUCGGUAACGGUAGAGUGUAGGACCCCACGUAGCUGGCAACUCCAACAUGUACACUAAAAUUCAAUGUGACUGGGAAAAUAACUUACUAUGCACUGUUCCCAUUCAUUGAAAUUUCCUUGCCUUCCUGACUAAAUGUUAACUUACCAGCGGUGCUUUAUUCAAUGUACGUUAUUUUUUUGAAACUUGCCUUUCGUUUGUUUUUGAAUUAACGCGCCCACCUUCUUUGCCAAAUGACAACGUACGAUUAGACUUUCGGCAGAAAUUCAUUUACGUCCUCUAUCUUCUUGCUCUCCGUUCCGUGUGUCGUCCCACCCGUAAAAUCCGUAUGGCACGGUCCACAGGCCAUUUCAAGUUCGUUGGGGUCCUACACUCUACCGCUGCGAAAUCGUCUUUCUUGAGUGUGGCCGCUGAUAUCCUCGCGAUAUUGUCAGAGCAAACGCGGACUGUGUUUUGCGGCAAAGUCCGUGUACUCCAGUCAGUCAGCGGUGGUCAACCACUUCCGAUUUUAGCCCAUCUACACGCAGCCGUGUAGGAGGACUGGCCGGAUGGAUGUCCGAUGCCCACGGAUCUUUGUGCCGAUUGAGAUGUCUCGUCGGAUCCAUGGAUUCUUCCUGAGGAUUAUGGAAAUCCUGCAAAGAUCAAUGACUCCGGAGACACUGUCGUCCUUAUUCUGUUUGUUUGGCCCGCAUUAUUUGUCUACUUCAAGUUGACAGUCAUUUGCGCUGAGGGCUGCCAGGCCUUUCGCUGAUGAGGUUGUAAAGAUCGGUCUUACCAGCAGGUGUGGAUAGACCGACGGAACUCCUAGCACAAUGAACUACAGGUGACCAGAGCUUGAGGCUAGCAGUGCGAUAUCAUCAGUGUGGUCGGGAUCAGUCAGUCGAUGUCCGAGUGCAUCAUCCAAAUCGUGUAUGCCCUUUCCCAGAAUCCACCUAGCAACGUAGUUGAACGGAGUGGACAGUAAGUUACAGCAUUAUGGCAUAGCAGAUCCAAUUUCGAACGGUUAAGAAGGAUUGUUAUGGAUAUGAACUCGCGCAUUUAUACGUCGAUAGCAGGCACUGAUCGUGGCCAUUAUUUUUUGCCGGCACACCAUAUCGGGAAUCCGCCCCCCUUACCCAAUGCCAAAAUUCAGGGUGUGAGGGCGGGCCCGGUUGCAGGCCCACGCCGCGCAAAUUAGGAUCAGUGUCGUCCCCAAUUUUUUUUCUGGUUUUAAGUUCAAAUCAAAUAUUUUUUGCGAGGCAGAGUGUGGUGGUGCACCUAGGUGUGGGUUCUUGCCGUGCCAGACACCUGCGUGCCCUCCCGUCUUCGGCCUUCUUGACUAUGUCUUGACACCGGGAUCAGGUGGGAGGGGCGAGAGUGCCGCAGAUGCUACGUACACUAUGUGGGCUAACUCAUGAAAUGUCAACCGAAAUCCCGAAAUGCAUUUUUUUCGAAAAGACUACUUAGAUAGGGUUGUAAAAUGAAUCAUCAUGCAGCAUAAUUCUAAAAUAAUUCAUUUGCCUCAGGAUGCCGGCUUUCGAAGGAACCUCUUUCCGUCUGCAUGCAAAAACCAUACUCUGCGAAAGGUUAUUACUUAAGUAUCAUGCAUUUUUCUCAUUCCUUUUGAUGUCCUUAAUAAAUCAAUUAUAUUUCGUCGAAAACAGGCAUAAAAAUAUUCAGUAUGUUAUUAUUGUCGGUAAUAACAUACUGCCUACAUCAUGCGCCGCUGUGCGGCUGCUGGCUGGGCUCGAGAGAGAGCCCGUAAGGCACAACGGAACGAGCGAGUUCCGCAAGAACGAUCGGUACGCGUCCCUACCAUAAAAAUAUUCAUUUUUUCGCUCAUUCGGUAGAAAAUUACGUCUUCCUCCAAUUUUGCACUCGAAGGCAGGGUAUAAUUUGGCUUUAAAAAACUUUUCCAAUUCCCAAAUAAUUUUGAACUCGACCUUCCGUUGCACUUGUAUUCAGGGUUUCCAAACUACAAACCGUAUGUUUUCCGCUUACGGAAACCCAUACAUUUCUCUGCGGUAUUAAGAGGAGACUAUAUGGUGUUCAGAAAAUUAAGCAGUGGAUUUGAGCCAUAUUGUUAAUUUUACAAGCCGCAUUGGUAAAUUCAGAGACAUGAUGUUUUAUAAACGGCCAUUUCACGGUAUUAAAAUAUCUCGUAACUAGAAACCCCUUUAAAACCGAAUUAUACCCUUCCCUCGAGUAUUAAAUUAGCAGACGAUGUAAAAGAAAUAAAUAUUUUUAUGUGUGCAUUCCAUGAAAUAUAAUUGAAUUUUUAAGGGCAUCGAAAAUCAAUUGGAAAGAUGCAUGCCACAGAGGUAGUCAUUUUUUGCAGAGUAUAGUUUUGGCAUGCAGCCGGAAAAAGGUUCCUUCGAAAGCCGGCAUCCUGACGCAAAUGAAUUAUUGUAGAAUUAUGUUGCACGAUUAUUAGUUUUACAACUCUAUCUAAGUAAUCUUAUCGAAACGAAAAUGCAUUUCGGGAUUUCGGUUUUCAUUUCAUGAGUUAGCCCACCCGCUGUAGUUGAACGGAAUGGGCAGAAAAGUACAGCAUUAUGGAAUGCCAGACCUUAUUUCUAACCGGUAAGAAGGAUUUUUAUGGAUCCGAACUCGCGCAGAAAUGCGUCAAUAGCAGGCACGGAUCGUGGUUAUUAUUUUUCGCCGGUAUACCAUUUCGAUUGCCGGGCCACAAAGACUCAUGGAUGCACAAGAUCAACAUCUGUGUCAAAGACAGAAAUGUUGACCGCCGUUGGUUGUUAGUAGUCUUGUCGGAAUUCAAGAAUACGCCUCAAUGGUAAUCUCUGGUCUGCUCCCCCACGCCCUGCUCGGAACCCGGCCUGGUUAGUCCUCGUCCUUGAGUCAUGCGUAUCGAGAAAUCGCCUGAGAAUGAACACAGCGCAGACCUUCUCAGCAGCAUUAGUCAAAUUUAUGCCAGCGUAGCUCUUGCACAUUGUCUUAUCUCUCUCUCCUUGAAGACAAAUAGGAGGAUUCUGGAACCCCAGCCACCAGGAAGGACGUGUUCCUACGCUCGCACAAACCCCUUAUGGAAUCAGAGCGCCAGCGUGUUGGCGCAAGACUUCUAGAUUUCAGUGGGAGUAGACGAGACUAGGGACAGUGAUGCGCAAAGUUAGAUGGCCUGUCUACGCUCUCGUCGCGCUAACCAGGUCUCAUCCAAGGGUUCUGAGUUCUCACAUAAGUGAGGAUUCCAUAGUAUUCAUAGUACACUAGAUGUGCUAACUCCUGAAAUGUCAACCAAAAUUUCGAAAUGCGUUCUCGUUCCGAAAAGAUAAACUAAGUAGUGUUGUAAAACUAAUCAUGAUGCAGCAUAAAUCUAUAAUGAUCCAGUUACCUCAAGGAGUCGGCUUUCGACAGAACUUAUUUUCGGCUGCACGCAAUGUCUAUACUCUGCAAAAAUGACUACUUAAGUAGUAUGCAAUUUUCUCAUUUAUUUUUGAUGCCCUUGAAAAUUAAAUGAUAUUUCACGGAAAACAUGCAUAAAAAUAUACAUUCUUUUACUUAUUCGGUAGAAAAUUACGUCUUCUUCCAAUUGCAUACUCAAAAAAAGAGUAUAAUUCGGUUUUAAAAAAGUUUUCUGAUUCCCGAAUAAUCUUGAACCCGACCUGCCGUUACACUUGCAUCCAGGGUUUCAAAACUACAAGCUGUAUGUUUUCCGUGUACGGAAAACCAUGCAUUUCUCUACGGUGUUAAGAGGAGACCAUAUGAGGUUCAUAAAAUUAAGCAGUGGAUUUGAGCAAUAUUGUUAAAUUUACAAGCCACAUUCGUAAAUGCAGACACAUGACGUUUCAUGAACGGCCAUUUAACGGUAUUAAAAAAUCUCACAAUUAGAAACUUUUUAAAACCGAAUUAUACUCUUCUUUUGAGUAUGCAAUUGGAAGAAGACGUGAUUUUUUGCCGAAUAAGUGAAAGAAUGAGUAUUUUUAUGCAUGUUUUCCAUGAAAUAUCAUUGAAUUUUCAAGGGCAUCAAAAAUAAAUGAGAAAAUUGCAUACUACUUAAGUAGUCAUUUUUUGCAGAGUAUAGACCUUGCGUGCAGCCGAAAAUAAGUUCUUUCGAAAGCCGACUCCUUGAGGUAACUGGAUCAUUAUAGAUUUAUGCUGCAUCAUGAUUAGUUUUACAACACUACUUAGUUUAUCGUUUCGGAACGAGAACGCAUUUCGAAAUUUUGGUUGACAUUUCAUGAGUUAGCACAUCUACUGUAAGAAGGAAUUAUUGUAUCCUGACCUCCCCUUCUGAAUCAGCCAUGAUAACAAGGGCCAAUUAUUUCUACUGUGAGUGAUGCGUACCUGCCUGUACACGGUUCUGAAGGCAAAAUCAAGGAGUAUUUUUAGUGAGGCUCGGAAACGCUGCCUCCUUUUCCAAUUUUUUUAUUACUUUGCUACUAGCAUGAGUUUCAGUAGAUGUGCUGCAGUUCGCCCACCUAGGUUUUGCAUUAGGGGUGGGAUUAGGGUUCGGCUUGGUUGUCAGUGUUCGGUUUGGAGUUAACUUGCUUGCUUACGGAUCCGAUCAGCGGCAGCUUCCUCAAAUCCGUUUUAUCGAUAGGAUUUGAACUUACUUUUUAAGUUGGACUUGGUGUUCGGCUUACGGUGUACGCGGUUUUAAACUGGUUUUUCAUUUCGGUUUUUGGAGAAACGACUUACUGCCAAUUUUGAACCCACUGCCUAUAACUUUCAUCUAUGGCCUCCGCCUGAUUGGUCACGGGCUUGGACGGUUCAGUUUCGAUGACCUUGACGGGCCAGUCACUACUGCUCCUACUGGAGUUGUUUUGUGGCAGAUUUUUGUAUGGCGCGCUGCUUACCCCGAUAGCCUAGUAUCCGUUAAGACGAACUAGCACAUUAGCCUUUCAUGCACCAGUUUUUCUCCUAGUUUUCACACAACCUUCCGUGUUCUCCAGUAACUUCACCCGUAAAGCCCUUAUUACAACGGUUCCCGUAUUGGAGGCGCUUUGUCUUCUCAAUAUCCGUGCGCAACCGCGUUUCUGAGUCUUGCCGUAUUUUUACGACAGUAGACCAGUCCAUUCAGUCACUGGGGACUGCCCUAUCAAUUAUCGUAGAGAAUACUAGCUCUGGUGGAGGGACGUUCACUGUUUUAGAUUGCAAGAAGCGCUUCUCCCGUCGUGCCUUUGGGUUCAACGUAGAGUCCCUACAAACAGCCAUGCGUUGACCAGUAAUAUGUACAGAGGAGUAGAUACUGACAAAGGCAAGGGACAACUGGUAGGUCGAUGGGCUCGUGGCCAAGUGGUAUGGCGUUAGACUACUUAAAAUUAGCCGGGUUUGACGUCCAGGCCUCGGGUUGGGCAUAGUGGACCCACGAUGGCUUAUAAACCAGAAGUGGCUAUUCCGGUCUCCGGUGUCAUAGUCUCUGUACUGCUUCCAGAGUUCAUGCUUUAAACCGUGUCAUGACGAUUGGUUGAAAUACGCCGCAGACAUGAUUACCGAUCCUGUCCGACCUGGUAGACCUGUCGAUCCGGCAAGGUUUGAUGUUGUGGACGGGACGAGCUUUUGUCCACAUCGACUGGAGUGAUUAGGAACUGUCCUCACAACCGUCCCGCUCUCAUUCGGCCUCCUGUCCGACCCUGAGGCCCUGGAACUCUUGGCAAGGACCAGCAGGUGAAAAAGUCGCCCUUGUUGUCUCGCGCUCUCUCAGUCUCUCUAGUUUGUCUAACAGCUCCCAGUGUCAGGACCUUUUUGAGCGCGCCAUGCAAAAAGCCGUGGUGAGGGUAGGGUAUGUAGUCACCCCUCCUGGAUGGCUCUUCAACAAUCUACUCCCCUCGUGUAGGUAGAUGUGGUUCAUUGCGGUUUUCUUGGCAAUCGGUCACGGUCACGAUGCGCGAUUCUAACCUUUAAUGGCAUUAAAGAUGCUCGUAUCACGCUGAUAGUUAUGGUUAGGGCUACGUUUAAGGUUAGAGUUAGUAUUAGGAGUUGGGCUAUGCUUAGGGCUAGAGUUGUCAGGCUUGGGUUAGGGUUUUGGGAUUAAGACUAGGAUUGGGGUUUUGACCUAGGGUUGGAGUUGCUUUUUUAGUUUCCUUAGAAAUUGCCAGCGAACUUGGAUUAAAUCAGUAUAUUUAAGGUCUAUAUGCACAGGCCGAAGUUCUUAUGUAUGCAUAUUCGGGCCGACGUCCAUCAGCCACAAAGGAUAACUUCGUAAUAUUCAUUAACUGCCGACAGACAGCUAGUAGUAUACUUUAGUGUAGGGUAAUUCCAUACUAACAACACAGGUAUUAGCUAAAAGCCCAUACACGCGUGUUUCGCCGAUAUUCUGCCGCAGUAUGACACAGCUGCGAUGGGUGCGGCUCGUCAGUGCGUCCCCCAGCAUUCGCUGUCUGCUUCGGUCUGCGCCCAUAGACCCUAGUAUAUACUGAUCUACUCCAAGUUCGCAGUAAAUUUCCAAGGAAAUUAAAAAUCAACAAAUUCUAAAUUGCAGUAUCUACCGGCAAGCAGACAGGGGAUGCUGGGGGGACCCACUAGUGUGUCGAACCCCUCGCGGCUGUGUCGUGCAGCGACAGAAUAUCAGCGUGUGUGGGCCAGUGGUUGGUACCUUUGCUGUUAGUAUGGAAUCACCUUACCCUAAUAUGUGGUUAUGAUUUUAGGAUUAGGAUUGAGAUCAGAGUUAAGGUUAUGGUUUUAGAUUAAAUACUUAAACUUCUUUCGCCAGUGGAUUCUUGUGCUGGAUUCUUUAUUUUUUUUAAGAACCUUGUUUCCCACUUUGAUGAUUUAAAUUUCGAUUUUUAAGGUUCGAAGUAAUUUGAACCUUUUAAAAAUUAAUUGUAUCGCUUUUUAUUUGUGCUACAGAACUGCGGAAGUUUGUUUGCGACGUGUGUGGGAAAGCAUUUUCAACGAAGGAAAGCCUCAACCAUCAUGCGUUCAGUGUCCACAGAGGUGCGUGUUACAUUUCUCAAUGCUUGUUGUCAUUGUGGGUAAGGGCAGCGUAUGUAACCCCCUUGGAAUGGUUGAUCAAAAGCCCGCCAUCCUAUCUUACUUAGUUGGGUGUGCUUCAUUACGGGUAAGGGGGUGGGGUUUGUAACCCGCCUAGGUGGUUGGUGUGCUUCAUAACUGCCUGUUUGGCAGUAGGUCGCGAAAAGGGGUUAUGCAGAAAGCGGAUUUCAACCUCCAAUAGCGUUAUCGACAUUAAAGUCGCCCGUUUAGAGUUUGGGCAGCUCACGGUUAGAAUUUGUCGCUUUUUAAUUCUCCCAGAAAUUAUCUACAAAGUUGGAGUAGUUCAGUUUAUUCAAGGUCUAUAGGCUCAGACUGAGAAUUUUAUACAUGAAUAUUUGGGCCAAAGUACAUCAGUCACAUCAGGUAGCCGCGUAAUAUUCAUUAGCUGCCGACAGGCAGCUAGUAGUAUACUUUAGGGUAAGGUGAUACCAUACUAACAGCACAGACAGUAGCUAAAAGCCCAUACACGCGUGUUUCUCCGAUAUUCUGCCGCUCCAUGGCGCAGCUGCAAGGGGUUCGGCUCGUUAAUGGGCCCCCCAGCAUUUCCCUGUUUUCUGGUAGGUACUCCAAUUUAGAAUUUGUCGCUUUUUAAUUUCCUCAGAAAUUAUCUACGAAGUUGGAGUAGAUCAGUUUAUUCAAGGUCGAUAGGCUCAGUUCGCGAAUUUUAUAAAUGAAUGCUUGGACCAAAGUCCAUCAGCCACAGCGGGUAACCGCGCAAUAUUCAUUAGCUGUUAGUGGUGUUAGUUGAGUUGUUCUUGAGUUGAUGGUUGGCAGGCUUGGAUCGUGGUUUGGAAUUGGGGAUGAGGUUAGGGUUAAGGUUUUAGGGCUUGGCAUGACGUUGCGGUUACCUCCUUCUAUGCUUACGGGCUGACGCUUUCCCUCUGAUGGCAUGGCCAUGGGUUGUGUUAGGUGUGUAGCUAACUACGAUCUCCCCCGAGGGGGUUACAUACCAUACCCUUGCCCUAUUGUGUGCCCUUCGCGUUCCCGUGCCACUGGUUCUUUUUCGCCCCUCACUGUCCCACCGUACAGGCCUGGGCCUGAGUAAUCGGAAAUGCGCACUUGCCUGAAUGUUUCACUUUCAUGUGGUUUAGGUGCAUGUGGGCAAUUCCCCUCUAUUAUUCGGGACUUUCCUUUUUAAGAGAUUAAUUAUUGUUAUUAAACUCGAUAUUUUUUUUAUAAAAUCGAUUUUCGAUGCCCUAGUAUUACAAGAUACCAUACUCGCAGCAAAUAUACAAGCUAAAAGCCCAUCCACGUGUGUUUCUCCGAUAUUCUGCCACUGCAUGGCACAGCUGCAGGGAAUUCAGUUCAUCAACGGGUCCCCCAGCAUUCCCCGUGUGCCUUCUGGUAGAUACUCCAGUUUAGCAAUGGUUGCUUUCUAAUUUCCUCAGACAUUAACUGCGAACUUAGAGAAACUCAGGUCAAUAGGAACAGACUGGAGUUUAAUUUAUGAAUAUCUCGGGUGAAGUCUAUCAGCUACAGCGGGAUAAUCGCGUACUAUUCACUUCUUACCGACCGGCAGUUAGUAGUAUAAUUUAGUAUCACAUGAACUAUGCUAACAGCACAGGUGCUACCUAAAAGCGCCCAUAUACUUAUUUACGCAGCUAAUUUCACAGCUAAUUUCUGACGAAAUUGAAAAACAACAACUUUCGAUGCUGGUUGUCACUGUGGAAGGUUGGCUGCUCUCUGCCGAUGGUCUCUGGCUUGCCGCCUGCUUGAAAUCACCCUUUGGCGAAGGCCAGCAGUCGAAUAAGCAGGCUUUCGUGUCUGGGGAAAAGUAACUCUCGGAGCGUAGAAUGUAUUCACAGGUGUGUGUGACCGCGGACCUCGGUCUGGCAAUCCAGCCAGCUACAGAAAGGUCGCAAGGCACAGCGCUUUUGACCUGGCUAAUAGGGCCUCCUGCCCCGUCACCCUACCGCGGUGAUGCGAAGGGUUGGGUGGAAUGGUCUGUCUUCUAAUAGGGGUGCUGCAGAACAUUUCUCUCAGCAGUCGGUCUUGCGCACACCCUCUGUCCGAUGAGUCACGGUCUUUAGGCCAGUUUCGGACAAACGGAAAGGCAAUACCAAGUGUGUAUUGGUUCAACUGUCUGGUAGCUAAGUAGUGCCGAGCAGCAGUCGCUAGUAGAUAAGAUUAGUUCCCUCCCACCGCUACUGGUUGAAAAGCGAAAAGACGCCGCGGAUUCGCGACGGUCACAGACGACGGCGUUCGCCGUGUACCUUACGAAGCGGACGCAUUAGCGUGUAAUUGCUCGAAAAUUAUUUUAUAGUGGGUCAGGUUUGCGCAAUAUCUACUGUGCCCUCUCUUCCAUGGGUUUAUGUAAAGGGGGCUCGGGUCAGACAUUCGUGCAGUUCCGUAAAGGCAAAAUUAAGAAGGAGCCAUACCGCCUGAUUGAGUUAUCCAGUCAUUUGGCAGUCUUUCAAACCACGACUCGUAGUGCGUUAUGAUAUAUUCAAGCCUGUCGGGUUUAUUAUAGUGGGGAAAUGCGCCGAUAUUCCUCGAGGAUGGAUUCCUCACUCACUUUUUACCUCUCUUUCCCUCACUGGCAGUAGUAGUGAUAAAAGUAGUAGUAUUAGUAGUAGCAGUAGUGGUGGUGGUGGUGGUAGUAGUGUAGUAGCAGUAGUAGUGGUGGUGGUGGUGGUAGCAGUAGUAAUAGUAGCAGUAGUAAUGGUGGUGGUAGUAGUAGUAGUAGUAGUAGUAGUAGUAGUAGUAGUAGUGAUGGUAGUAGUAGUAGCAGUUGCAGUAGUAGUAGUGGGCUAUGCUUAACGUGUGCCGGUUCCCCCUCCCCCCCCCCGAGUUUUGUCCAACGCAGCCUGAUGUGGGGACCAAGGGCCAAUCACAAGACGACUUAUUGAACGAAAAAAUCUCCAUAGGAUUUUAUAAGAUGGGCCAAGAAACGUGCGAUAUACGGAAUUGAAGGUAUGCACGUAUGUAUCCGCACCUAAGCAGCUGACAAGGGAGGUCAGCUGCCCCAAAUAACUCUCAUUUGUUGCGAUCUUCUCCAGCCUCGAACAUAUGUUUAUCUGGAGGCCAUGGCCGCAGAUAUCACUCUCUCUCUCUCUCACCAGACUCAGUCUGCAUCCUAUUUCAUCUGUGCGUACUCAGACAUGUCAUAAAAUGCUUCAUUGUUGUGAUAUUUUAGACAUAAAAUUCGCGGAGAUGGGACACCUGGGGAGUCACGUCGAGUAUAUUCACAAAAGUAUGCUUCUUUUCUUGCUGUCUGGUCCAUUUAUGCUGCUGUUGUUGUUCAGUUGAUUCAGAAACACCAUUUACACGCAGGUCUUUGGAAGCCUUGUGAUUUUUUGCGUUGCGCGUCUGUUCGCUGCAGUCAGCUGAGCCCACAUUGAUUUCCACGCUGUCAUCACGCAGAGGAUUUGAUGUCUAUGCUCCAUGUGGCUACGAGAACAGCUCUGUAUGGAAGAGGUGUGGAACAGGUGUGCAAACGGGUGAAAAUCUAGGAGUCAGCUUUUUUGAAAGAACUGAAGGAUUUUCUUGCUGACGUGAAAACGAUCUACUGUCCCCACCCGGACAGUGUUCAACUCCGAUGUCACAACGCUUCCGCUGAAGAAUCACCCAUCAUUGCGGUUUUUCUGGACCGCAAUGACGACUAUCUGAAGACUGGUUCAACUAGUGCACUCGCCCUCUGCUCUCCGAGCAGGACCAAAUGCCCUAAGAAGUCAACUGCACCUCUGUACAAAAGGCCUCUAGGUGAUUUGAAAUAACGUAACAAGUUCUCCUGCGGUUGUAAAGACGGUCCACUGCCAACAACCGAAUUGAAUUUGUCCGCUCCGACCUAAUGUCAGAACGUUGUUGUCAGAGAAAUUUAAUGCCCCGGCGGUCUGGGUGAAGGCUUUUGAAGCCUCCUUGAUAGGCAGUAUUCAGCCUCUAGCGGCGUGACCAAUAGCCUGCCACAAGUCGAUACGGAACUCUGUUUGCAUCUAUCUCUGAUCUAAGUUGACUUACUGCUGAGUGGAAGAUUUCCGGGAGCAGGCAUGCCUUAAAGUUGGGUCCAUUGGUUCCUUUGCUUCAGGGCCACCUCUGGUCUUGCGAAAAAGGCGUACUGGGAGUCCGCCGUAAUCGUCACUGACCCUAUGCACUCCGCACCACAAUAAAAAUCCUCGAAAUAGCACAUAAAUUUGCUCUUAAUGUUGUUUCGGCUUUCAUUUUAAGGUUCUUGUCCGUGCUGUUUAUUUGCUCCGGUCAAGUUACCUUGUAGGACUUGAAAGCGAAUUUGGUAUUUACUUUGACCGCCUGGCGUCCGACGCCAUGUCUCGCAUCUUUGAAGUUAGCGGCGCCUCCUAGCCUAUGCGCUCACCUUCCAAGCCUCUCUCCUCUUUCAGUAUCAGCCUUGGAAAGAGCCACGUCUUUUACGACGGAAUGCGAGCUUAAGUCACCUCCUUUUUACAUGAACGGUUCUGAGGAUGCAGGGAUGACUUGCGCUUAUAUUUAUUCAGAGUGCGGCCGACUUGCGCAGAAUCUACAUCACAUUUUUUAUCCCUGUCCGUUUCUUUCCAAGUCGAAUCGAGCACGACGGCUGUCGCGUCAAAAGCAGGUUAUACACGUACCUCACGAUGCUGCUGGCUCUUAACUCGAUGUGGGGCAGCAUCCAAUGAGGAAGUCAGCGAUCUCAUGCGACUGCAAGAUGGGGGAGUCCUUGCGACUUCAUGCUCUAGUACUUUAUGUGUUUGGGGGAGGCCGAAUUAGGCACGAGACUGUUGUUGAAUGAACAAGUCUCAAUCAAGCCAACUAGUGAUAAGACCGGUUGGAGUGGCUUGGCACUAAGCCUUCGCUUCACUCACGUCUGCUUCCCACUUAAGACUAGCACAGUGCUGCAGCUUCCAAACUCCUGCAGCAAGACUCUAGGCGACUGGUAGCCUCAGAAGACGAAGAUGCGAUCACUGGAACAAGAAAUGUAUUGGCCUGACGUUUCGAAUUCCCAUUCGAAUCCAUCGUCAGAGAUAUUUGCGGGCAAAGGUGAUGGUGGCACAAGGAGUGCAGUGUUUGUAGCACGUGGCUGCCGCGAGACCGUAUGCACACUGUAAUUAACAGCUCUCGCAAUCACCGCUGGGGUCGUAAUUGGUGUGAUGGUGACUUGUCAGUCCGCGUUUCAGUCGUUAAUGGCCGUGAUUCCGUCAUCCGUGCUGGAUGGUGGUGUGACGAUCGCUCGACAACUUGGCUUACUGUCACUGAGAUAAUUGCUCGCCCGCGCUCUCCCUACGUGACUGAUUCCCCUGCCCAGGGAAAAUCUCAGCACGGAAUAUGGUACCGGGAGGUCAUUGUGCUUGUUGAUAGAUUGCGGGCCUGAAAACCAUGACUCGAGCAGCUCGCGGCUCACGCGGUUGUCACCCAUUGCGAGGAUUUCGGCCUCUGGAAAUUUGAAAAUAUGGCCGGGUCCCGUCGAGUGUGCCGCCACCUGAGAACUAGCGUCUCCCCGCCUCACUGCUGCUGCGUGCUCGGCACUUCGCGUACGGAGUAAUCCCCCAGUUUCUCCGACAUAGUUGCUUUGUCCGCAACUACACCAGAUCCGGUAAACGACUCCAGACGUUUCCAGCCGUGGCAGCGGGUCUUUUGGCCUCAUAACUUGGCGCCGAAUGGUUGCUUCCGGCCUGUGUGCAACCCCAACUUCAAGAGGAGUGAGAAGAAGACUGACGGCUUCCGAGACGUUCUUCACGUACGGAAGAGCAUGCCUGUGAGUGCUUCUAUGUGCCGGUUGGAACAGAAUGCACCCCCGCUACGCCAAAUCCAAUGGGUGUGCCACUAACCCGUAAGAUGCGUUCGUUUUACAGCACAGAUGCUGCUGGAGCCGUUGCUGUACCUGCUAUCAACACACGUUGGGUAGAGUUUUUGCACUACGCCAGCUCCCGAGCUCAGUUUCGUCGCGUUUCGAUCCACAGGCUUCGGCAGCCAAAUGAUACAUGCGAGGGGAAGAGGCUGUGAUGCAGUCCAACGCAUUUCUCCCUAUGCUAAUCCAGUCGUGCUCGAUCUAACCAGCACGGGCCAACAGUUAUAGCCAAGAAAAUUGCCAUCUGACAGGAUAAUCUGAUCCUCUUUUGGCUGGGGGGCCAAGCUGCAGUAGGUCCUACUCUGUGUGAUUACUGUCAUUGCCGCGGAACCCCAAACCCCCUUCCUCCGUAGACUGUCUAUUUAACUUUGUUGGCUACUGAGUCCAGCAUUCCUCACGAACAGCCAGCAACCAUAGCCUGGAAAUUUGCAUGUGACGAGAGUCAGGCUGCAUUAGUUCCUCCUCAGGGUGUUCUCACUGCUGCCUCUCGCUUCUUUUCGAUCCUAGGCUGCCUAACUUUGGCCGGGGGGUCAUGUGCGCCACUGCCCCGCUCCCAGCCGUUUUGACCCUGGUAGUUAUGUGACUCAUGUGUUUCUGCCCUUCAGGACUGCGUAAACGUUACUGUGAAAUUUGCGAUCAAGGCUUUCUACUGGAUGAGGACCUGAAGAAACAUGUCGACAGUGUUCACGGAGGUAUUGUAUUCCCCUUUUUCACGGAGUAUUUGCCAGAUAGUGGCUUUGUUUUUCUCUGUGUGUCUGUGUUUUUAGGGCAAAAUUACGGCAAGUCAGCGGUAAGACACGGUGAUAGAAACCCCCACCCCUGGUUAUACAGGUGCGCAAAAUCCCGGGAAGUGUUAAUGUCCCUGGGCCAUGACCAUAAACUUUGGCCUUAAUACUAACCAUAAUCUACUUAUUGAAUGGCGUUAGGCCUCCGAAAUAGGGAGAGAGGGUUCCCAUUCCUGUGUCUUACAGUCAGCUUGCACAGGUGAAUGUGCCGUGCAUUUUACUAAAGAGACUUUCCGGAAGAAAAUUAAGUUAAGUCGACUUAUUGGAACCCUGCCCCUAGAUCAACUGUAAGGCCGUCGGCAGAGUAUGGCAGCGCGUGGUAUGUUCGCCACGUUUAUUGGUCCCGGUAUCAUUAUAUCGGUUAAAUUUGGCGUUGGCAUCUAACCCUAACCAUUACGAAGGCUGAUAAGCCCUUUUACUAUUAAAGUAUAACUCACUCGUCUACCUAAUAUAUUUAAGUAGCGAGCAAGGAUUACUUUUUAAGUAAAUUGCCGCUGUGACAACUCUUUUCAGGGAUACCGGAGGUGUUGGCCCCUAGCCUACAACUUGCUGAAAUUAGUACCUACCUUGAUGCACUCGUGUCUCAACACUACGACCGAGAAUCAUCAAUUACGUUGCGCCUGUUUAUUUUGAAGAAAUAACAGUCUUGCAGUUUUAUAUUUUAUGAAAAUAUAGACUAAGUGUAGAACCUAAUAGUCUCUUUUGGCAACUGAGGAGUUUGUAUUCUGUUUUUCAGGACUGCAAAUGCUCACAUGUGUCAUUUGUAGUAAGGCCUUUAGACACAAACGGAGUCUAAAGAGGCAUGCUGAGCGUAGCCACAAUCGUACGUUUUGCUUUGCCUAUUUAUUUUUCAUCGUCGAUUUUCAUUGAAGUGAGUGUUACGUUGCGUUAGCUUUUUUUUCACACGGUGCUCCUCUCGCUCCCAUUUGAUGACUGUUCGGUACUGCUAAUGACACGUAUUAAUUUGUAUUGUCGUUUUGAAUGGGGAUGUUUAGGGGUUAGUUAGGGAGGCGGGAAAAAAGUACUCUUUCGGAAAAUAAAUGACCUUAACCGAUGUCCCGGAACUGUGCUUUUCACGCCCGCCCUCAAAUGAGCCAGACCAGCUCAGGUGAGUCACACGCCUUAAAGUUCGUCGCUUGGACGUCGCGUGGUCUACUCUCGGUUGGCCGUCCCCUGUGGACCACCACCACCUUCCCGAAACGACUGGCGCUUGAAUUGGCUGUUAGGGCGAAGUAUAGAGACUCCCCUCUCAGAAGAAAGGGAUUGAACGCAAGGAUGCCCUGCUGGGGCGGUGGAAAUAGGGGGGCUUUCGGGUGCAGUCAUCUCCAAAAUGAUAUCUCUUAACGGAAAAUUACCCGAAACCAUACAACCACUCAGUGUCCAAAACACUUGCAAAAUACCAGCAAUUAUUUACCAAGAAGGCAAAGUACUUACAAAAUUACUAAUCAAUGACAAAUCUGAUAAUUUUUUCGAAACGCAAUCUGUACAACUACUAAAAUCGCGGAAAGCGAAAAAUAAAAAAUGAUUGCGAAAGUGACGGCAAAUAAGUGCUGUAUGCGACUGGGUGUACGUGUUGUAAUUGGAUAUCUGAUGCAGUGUCUACCUCACAGUAUUCUUACCCCCCUCCACGAAGCAAGAUGGAGUCCCAAGGAUUGAUGAUGUGCGCCUGCACGGUAACCCAAAACGGGGGGACAGAAAUGUUAUCGGGCAUGAUGAGAACAGCUUUUAAAAAGCCGGAACACUAAUUAGCCCACUGCCGAUAGAAGCGAAAAGGCGAUUCCCAGGAAGCAGUUCAGAAGAAGAAGAUUCGAUCACCGGAGCAACAACUUUAUUCGCCUGGUGUUUCGGAUUCUCACUCGAACCCAUUAUCAGAGACGGUCGCAGAUAUGGGUUCGAGUGAGAAUCCGAAAGGUCAGGUCAAUAAACUUCUUGUUCAAGUGAUCGCAUUUUCUUCUUCUUUUGAGUUAGCCCGCUAUUGACUAUCAGGAAGCCUAGAAAAGCUCUUGUUAACAAGAAAAGCAAGAUGAUUCACGUCAGGUUGGUCCUUUUUGAUUUAUCCGAACAAUCCAUGUCCUUUAGCCAGGUUUUGCCGAAAUACAGUUUGGUAAAAAAAAGUGGUAAAAGUCUUAUUUUGCUUUAAGAAGCUGCCAUCUUUGAAUCCGCCGUUCUUCUGAUGCAAAGAAAAUGGCGGCUAAGCACCCUAAGUCCGCUAUUGUUUUUGUGGCGGUCGUUGUAUUCAAUGUAUCCUGACUACUUUUGGGGACGAUGUAUUGGUGUCUUUGAAACGCGUUGUUUGCAAUAAACUAUCUAAUUAAACUAUUUCAGUAGCGUUGGCAUAGUAGAAAACGUUGUCCCCAAACAGUAUGACUUUUCUAGUCAACACCGGUCAGCGUAAGACCAAAAAUGAUGCGGUGGGUUUUUUGGGGAUGGACUGGUCAUCUCACCUUCUUCGCUGCCUUGCGGAGGUUAUCGGGCUGUUUAAUAGCACGUCAAGGAAGCCAGACCGAAGUUUAAGCACGGGCAACCAUUCUUGUUUCUUGUUUUGCAAUGUAGGCUACUGUUGUAUCCACAGACGAUUGGCAAGCGUAGCCAUUUGCUACUAUCACUUCAACUGCCACAAUUGUAAAAAACGGUGAUUCCAACGAAAUUCGAUCGUACAACAGAGUGCAGGACUUGCAUAUAGCCAACGCCCCACCCAACUGACCUACUAGGCUCCGACCGAGAGCUUUCAGUUUUUAUCACAUUUGGUCUAAAUUUCCCGCAGUUAGUCUGCCUUAUCGCAUUGAUUUUCGCAAUUUCGGUAGACGAUAUUUGGAGCACUGGUUGAGCUGAAGCCAUGCUCUUACUGCUCCGAGUUGGAAUCACGUUGAGUUUUUCACAGUAGGGUAUCCAGUUGAAUUAUUUAAAUCUACCAAAUACAUGGAAGUGCCUUAUUUUGAGUUGUUUUCGAUGAUAACAUGGUAGGACCCCGAGGCGUACAAUUGCUUUCUCGCCUCAGUAUUUUACUUUUUAACCUACUUUUUUAGAAUCCGCUUGUGAAUGA